UUCCGAAAUUUCACUUUCAAUUAUCGGAAAAAAAGCUAAAAAGAAGUCCCGGAAAAGCUCGAACACAGUACAAUUGGCAGAUGGCGUGACAGCUUUAGCUCAGCUCUAUGUUCUAUACUCUCAUAGAGCACGCUCUAUCAACCAAUGACAGCGCGCGUUAUAUCCGAACUUUAUUAUAAUUGCUAUUCGAGUACGGUGAAGAUGAAUCGAGCUCGGUUGCCUAGAUACCAAAUGUGGUCCCCCUCGUUCUCAUGCAACUCGACCCAGAUCAUCUGAGGCAGCUGCCAUUUUGGAAGUAGGUGUAUUUACAACUUAACCUCUCAUAAUAGGAAUUGACGCCCCCGGUUACAGCUGUUGACGUAAGAAGCAAAACUCUGUGUGUGCAAGUUUCUAAGUAGCUUAGAAGACAACCAACGAUCAAGAACGUUCGUAUCAAGGAAUCGAUUAGGGCGGUUACUGACGUGCUGUUUUUCACAAAUUCAAACAUGGGUUCAAGACUGUUCCACCGUCUUGGUUCUUCAGCAGCCCUGUUUAGUCGAAAAGAUUGUUUUUUAUGGACAAACAAACGUCUAAUUUCCUGUCUGCAAGAAGGGCAAGUGGUUGUGCGACUUGCAAAAGCAAGUGACUUUGACGAGGUACUUAAACUGUCUAAGAAACUUAAAGACACGUUUGACUAUGUCCCCUACAGAUUUCAUAAAUGGCUUCUGGAGCCCAACAGAAUCUCUUUGGUUGCCGAAAAAGGGACAGAGGUUGUUGGUUUCGCAGAAUAUUCCAUCGUCGACGGGGAAAAAUCAGCGCUUAUGGAAGCUGGAAGAAUUGAUCCUAAUCACAGAGGUCAUGGUAUACUCGGUUUACUAAGGGAUUUUACACUUGUGCUUAUCCGGGAAAAAUUCCCAAAAGUUGUGCGUUCCAGGUACACGGUGUGGUCUGGGGCUUAUCAAGCAGUGAGAAAAACAUUCCAAAAGCAUAACAUCUGCGAUAAAGAACUGUACCACUAUAAUUUUUUAACCUACAAAGUUGAGCCAGAACAUGUCAGUUUGAAAUACAAGUUAGAAAACUGUUCGAAACUUCAACCUUGCCCAAAGGAAGAGUUUAAAAAACGCAUUCUGGAAAACGCCAGUACCAGCUCUCUCUUUCCUAAUAACAUGCUCGUCAUUGAUUGGCAACCGUUUAAAGCUAUCCCAGCCAACUUCAAAUUCAUCGUACAAGACCAGGAUCGAUAUUUCGUCGAUUCGUCAAACGGUCUUGCGAGAACUUUGACAUCUUUUAGUUUGGGAAGAUUUGUACAGCUUGUUCGUGGCAUGGUGUGGACAUCGACCAUCUACGCUAGGGACGCAAAGCUAUGUCAGUCCCACGUGAUCCAUCAAUUGAUGAGUGCCCAUCAAACUGCAAAAGGAAGUUUUCUAUUCAGCACCUUUCAAGAUCCAUCACUUACAAGGCAUUGUGAAGAAGCCCUGACGGACAUUCCGGGGGUUACAAAGAUGAAGGAAGAAGAGUCUACGCAAAAGAUGUUUAUCUUUGAGGGUGAAUUGUAAGAUUAAGAUAAUAUAAUCGAUGAAUCGAUUGUAGCAGUAGCUAGUUCCAUGCUUUUUUACGUAUGGAGGUUAGGAAAUACCUCUCAUGUAUAAAUACCCUUUCUCAAUCUCGAAGACCUCUGAUUUUCUGCUGGCGUAUCUCUAAUAUCCCUUUUACUGCUUUUUAUAUUGUUAUGUUUCCUUGAACAAGUUUGGUUAAAUGUUUUGUUUAUCACAAAUUUAUACACAGCUAGGUUUAGAUUAUCCUUAGUUUAUUUACCUACCUGUUUAUACUCCUGAUUUUACCAUGUUUCUACAAUCAUUCUUAUGUCCUUGAACAUGUUAAUUAAUACCUCUCGUAUGCAGUUUUAAAAGAGACUAUUCAACUAUUUCAAUGUUUAUGCCUUAUAAUACUCUCACACAGAUUUGUACAUAACUGGAGUAAUCAUCGUUCCAUAUAAAUGACGUACCACUUACAGAUUUAUUAGCAUUUUUCAUUUCAAGUAUUUGUUUUCUAAAUCUAAUUUGGUAGAUUUCAGAUCUAUCAUUCACUAAAUGUAGCACAACAUCUUCUUUUUUGUCAUUUUUCAAUCAGUUGUUGGUAUUUUUAUUCUCGGAUAUUGAUUUUAACGCUAGAGCCUGGAUGAAGAUCGCUCUUUAUAAUUCUGGUUUACUUGGUCCGAACAAAGUGUUGUUGUUGUUG